AUGGAAUUAUAAAUAAUAAAAAAAGAAAUGUUUUUUUUACUCUUAUAUGGUGUCAUGUAUCGAAAUUUAUUUAUUAAGAGCUUUUUAGCCUUAAGCUUAUUAAUGACAGGCUUAUUUGAGUACAACUGUAUGUUUUAUCUGUUUGAGUGGAUUUGGUUAUGGUUUUUUGGGAUGAUUUUAUCAAUGGUAUUUUUAAUAAAGGAAGAUUCAAUAAAUGAGGAAGAGAGAGAACAGCUACUUGAAAAGGAGAUUAGUGAACACAAAUAAACAUACAUACCAUUUACAUAGUAUGCUAUAAAUGCAUCAAUACAAGCAGCAGACAUAUUAUUAAUAUGUUUUGAAUUAUUCUAUAUGAGCUUCGGAUUGUUCAUUAUAGUAAAAUAAAUGAAGUAAUAUAGUGUUAAGGGAUUGUGUUUGUAUCCUAUAUCAUCUAUACAAAUAAAUACGAUUAGCUAAAACUCAUUUAUGGAGGUGUGGUCCUACUGAUAGGCAUUUUCUCACUCGCUUUGGAUACCGAUGGGAAUGAUAAAUGCUACAUUGGUUUGAUAGCAACUCUCCUUCAAAUAGGAACAAAUAUCUAUACCGUAAAGUUAAAAGAAGAAUUUAUGUGCUAGUAAUUAGAAUUCUUAAUAAUUUAAAGAUAUAUAUUUCAGCAUUCCAAAUAUAUUUCCUAUACUGGUCUACUCAAGUUUCUGAUUUGGGUAAUUGUGAUGGUGAUUGUCAACUUCAUUCCCUGUCCUAAAGUUGAUAAGAUUACGGAAUAUAAAUGUCCAGACAAUACAAAUUCUGAUAAGAAAUGUUCUCCUAAUGGCAAUUUGGGAGAUUUCUUAGGGUAUUUUGAAUCUACCUUUUCAGAAGAAUACAAUCAGAAUCAGCAGAAGAAUAUUGUAACCAAAUUAUAAUUAUAUUGUAAAGACCUACCCAGUAAUAGUGUUCGUGGUGUUGAUCGUAGUGAGUUCAGCCAUUAGCUACAUAGAUAAUAAAAUAACCAUCAAGUAAUAAUCAGACAAGAAACAAAUUAUUUAACAAUUUGCCUUUUUUCCUUUAUAGAUUUGGGUAUAUCAUAGUAAUUUAAAUACAACUUUGUUUGUGUUUUGCAUUUUGUUCUUCAUUUUGCAAUGGUUAUUAGGACUCUAUAUUGUAAAUGAUUGAUAAUUAAGUAGAUACUUUAAGACAAGAAGAUAGCCAAAUAUGAAUAAAUCGAAGAGGAUCAGGAUUCAGAGUUUUCAUGAAAAAUAUUUUAAUUUUUUUGUAAUGAGUCAUG